AUGGCGAGCUCAGAUAGUGAUCUUCAUACAGAAGAGGUUGCAGAAAACAAGAGCAACAUCGGGCAGCUAAAAGGCCGCAAAGUCUCAUGGGCGAAGUUAUACCGUGUGGACUCCCUCAACUUGGAAGCUGGAAAAGAUGAUUGGAAGACGAUACUGAGUUUAGCAUUUCAGUCCGUAGGAGUUAUCUACGGAGACUUGGGGACUUCCCCUCUCUAUACUAUUCAAAGUACAUUUGCUGAAAAAAUUGGAGAUAAGGAUGACAUUCUGGGCGUGUUGUCCCUCAUCAUAUAUACCAUAUUCCUCAUACCUAUGACUAAGUAUGUCUUCACUUUCUUAUGGGCAAACGAUAAUGGCAAUGUUCUCUCUGCUGUAAGUGGGAUCAAGCCUCUAGGCCAAGAAGCAAUUGUGGGUGUUUCCGUUGCAAUACUGGUAGCCCUAUUCUGUUUUCAACGUUUUGGUACAGACAAAGUGGGAUACUCAUUUGCUCCAGCCAUAUGCAUUUGGUUUUGUUUAAUAAGUGGUACCGGUAUGUACAACUUGUUCAAGCAUGAUGUGAGCGUCUUGCGUGCCUUUAAUCCCAAAUACAUUUUUGACUACUUCCAAAGAAAUGGUAAAAAAGGAUGGCUUUCUCUUGGUGGAGUUAUCCUCUGCAUUACAGGUUAG